UGUUGAAAUCCUUCCUUGAAGCUACUACCUGUUCAGCACUUUGCACACACGCUCUUGUGUAAUCCACGUUGUUUAAAAAGUGCCUUAUAGAUACUGUUUGACAUUCUGACAUAUUUUCCCCAAGUAUUUUCGGAUUAGUAGGACGAUUUUAAAUUGAAGAACUUUUACUAUUGGAUUAAAAGAUACAUUUUCUACAACUCUGGGGAUUCUUAGCUUUCGACUACCAGCUACUCAGAUGGCACAUAUUUUCGUAUAUGGCACUCUUAAAAAGGGCCAGCCCAACUACUACAGGAUGUUGGACACCACUACAGGCAAUGCCAAGUUCCUUGGCCGUGCUCGUACUGUUGAGAAAUACCCCCUGGUGAUAGCCAGCAAGGACAAUAUCCCCUUCCUCCUCAACAUACCUGGAGAGGGACACCGUGUCCAGGGAGAAGUCUACAGUGUGGAUGAACCGAUGCUGAAGUUUCUUGACCGGUUUGAAAGCUGUCCACAAAUGUACCAGCGAACAAAGAUCCUGCUUGAGGUGGAGGAGUGGGUUGAAGAAGGAGUGGGGACACCUCAAGUUGGCAGUACCAUUGACACAUUUGUGUACAGUACGACUACUUACAAGCCUGAGUGGCUCCAUUUUCCUACCUAUGACAACUAUGAUUCAUAUGGUGAUCACGGUCUGCAGUAUGUAACUCGAGAAGCCAGAGACUCUUGACUAAUAUUAUUGGCUUGUUCUUCUACAGAAAUAAACACAGCCAUGCAAACAUAUUUUCCACAAUGACCAAAAUCAUUCCUUUUUGCAUUGGAAAAUAAAAAUAAAGAAUUUUAAUGCCA